CGUUAUUGAGCUUGUGCAAUGGAUGACAACAACGCUAAUCAUAGGAUUUUAGAGAACAGCGAUGAUAUUGCGGCGAUCAUGGUAUCGCCGGUGACAAUGGUGAACAAUUUCAUAGACUUGGGUGGUUUUGAUCUGGACGAGGCUCUUGCGGUGGUGGAGGGAGAAUCAGGGUGUGUAGUGGCAACGUGCAAGAGCUACGUGUCGAAGUUGCCGACAGUGAACGAGGUGAGGAGGGACGAGGUUUGCUCCGUUUGCAUGGAGGGGUUCAGCCGGCACAGCGGGGAAGGGGAAAACAAGCGAAUCCCCUGCGGCCACGUGUACCACUCAAGCUGCAUCACCAUCUGGUUGGAGCACUGCAACUCCUGCCCCCUUUGCCGCCGCCUUAUUUUAUUCUAAGUCCAAUUUUGCUUUCCUCUUCCUUCUGCUGUUCUUUAGUCAACCUUUUUCUUAAAGAUAUAAUGUAAUAAUAAAAUAAUAUA